GAUACUUUUUCCCACUCGCACGUAACCCGCGAAUGCAGAUAUUCUCCGGAAGCGACUCCAUUCAGACCUCAGGAUUUGGUGACGACAUGGCACCACUAUGUGACGACGCACAUUCUUUUUCCCUCAAUGGCAAUUACGAAGAUGUACGAUGUAGUGUACCACAUAAAAGAUCAAUAAAGAGAAUUGCCAUGGACCCAGCCACCUCCGAUACGCAUGUACGUACGCAUGUGUGUGUGUGUGUUUGAAUGUAUGUAUGUAAUGUGCUAUAUUGCUUUCUACUUACUGUAUUGUACGGUAUACAGAACAGAUGCUUUUCUCCGUACUCAUCUGUGUCGAUGAUGGAUGGAUGUGUUGGCAAGCAACAACACAAAGCAUAACCUGGCAGAAGCACGAGCUGAACACAGCGAGAACAAAAUCUCCAUCUGAUUUGAGAUGGGAUUGGAUAUACACACGUCUUAUGAACAAAAGCUGUCAUCUGUCGUUUCACAGCAUAGUCACGAUGGCAAGACAGCUUAUUCAUAGGUCAGCCUCAUGUGCAUUCUCCCCUUACAGCUCUUUAUACGAAGGUACAUUUUUGCUCCCGCGUGGCUGCAGGCAUCGAACCAAACCUCCAUCAUCUAUCCAGCCCACUAUCAUCUAGCCUAUCAGCACAUUGGCAAGUUUAGAAACGACUUGCUAAAACACCCGCACAUACCACACCCGAAUUUGGUGUAAUUUCGUCUUUUGUUGAACGGAAAACUUUCCCCCUCAACAACAAAAAAUCCCGUAUCGAAGUAUCGAAGUAUCUUAUCUAUUUUGGGUGUUCUAUUCAUCUGCACAAGCUUGCAUCGAGCUUGAGAGGCCCUCCAUAGCCAUCACUCACUGCCAUCUAGUGUUUAUCUUCAUUAAACUAUAGUAGUAAGAGAAGAUGCACUCGGACUACCGAACUGCAUCUGUCCGUGAGCUCACUGGUCAGACACUCAGUCAAAUGAAACGAUUGAACGAAUUUCCGAAAUCGACCACUAGCUCUCAUAUCAAACAUGCCAUUCUAGAAGUUGGCGAAGUUUGUUUGGUGGUUCUCCAACCUUGAAUCAUGCAAAUCCAACAAAUGUAUCUCUUGACUGAUACAUAGAAACAUUGGCCAAGUCAACUCCGUUAUUGCUUCUACUCCAUAUGUUCCACACUUUGAUUUUUCGCAUCGGCUUCUCAAAGUAGCUUGUGUGGAGAAUUGGGGUCAAUCGUGUGUUGUGUCAAUUGUGAUUCACCAUAACCCGGGUGAAGAAGAUCCAAGUGUUCAGAUGAUGAUCCCCAUCUAAAGGAAAUCUCGAAACAUGGCGGACCACACUGCCACACGGCCGCUAUGCAUGGAUCUAAAAUUUCCCUACCGAGCACAAGGGCCAAGAAUUCUAUGGGUUCACCCAUAACCAGAAAAAACUCGACCCAAAAGACCCCUGGCAUACUAUCGACAAGGCUCCGAAGAUGGGACCCAGUUUAGCUAAACUACCCAGUCAGCAUGGAUCAAGUGUAUAACAAGAGUAUAGAGUGUGGGGAAUCUUAACAUCAAACACUGGACAUAGUCCCGUUUUGCUAGUGAACUCAAUGCACUCAAUGCCACUCAUGCAAGUUCACCACUUCCAGCCCUCGGAUUGGAUCUUCACUCCUCACUGACCUUGCUUCAUAUUCAGCAUCCAAUAUCUUUACAGUACCACUUAGGGUUAUGUCGGUCGCCGCCAGUUACCUCUUCUUCUGUUGUUUCUUCAUCAUUAUCCGGUUGCGCAUACCCGAAGUAGCCCUACUUCAUUCUUAGUAGUGUCCAUCAUCUUUCUUGGCUUCGUCCUAUCUUUUCUGGCCAUUCAUUCGCUCGACUUCGGAAUCAAAUUUUGUUUGUCAACUUGUCUCGACAUCAAAGGACGAUAAUAGAAACUUGGGAGAUUCGAAAGUUGUCAAAUUCUCGCCUUGCCUAAUAUAUCGAACGUCCAAACGAGCGGAUAGCUAUCGUCCAAGCUGGAAAGCCUUAACGUUUCGACAAGACUUGAAGGCACAGAAUUAUCUCAUUGUUUCCUCCGGACUUUAGGAGAUCCGCAAAUCAGUUCCAUCAGGUUAGAUGUUUGGACGAUAUCAACGAUACACCAAAGCUUCAUAAUAGGUGUUUCGAACGUGUCCGAUGAGGUCAAUGCAUUGUCGGACGUCGAUCCAAGUAUUAGCUUAGCCUUGUCAAUUCGCAAGAGCAUUUUGGAUCAGCACCACUGUUUUUAUACAGUAUCACUCUAUCGAAGUCAACCUGGACAAGGAAUACUCCCUGUCAAUCAAGUCCAUUAGUUCAAUACCAACUCUGAAACAACCUGCAUCAUUCAAUAUACUUUAUUGCCACAUAUCCUCCUCGACCUUCUCUUGAAAGGUCAUCAAUCAUCCUCUAUAUCAAAUCGACAAAGACUAAUAUCGACUCUAAACCUUUUCGUAACUUUGCAAGGCAUUGGAGAAAGGAAAAUUCACUGCCAGAAGGCCUAUUUGAAAGGCAAAGAAACCAUACCCUGCAGCGCGGAGCAUCUAUCGAUUGAAAGUUCAAAUAAUUUCAUUCACUUCAAGAUGGACGUGACGUCUCUAUUGAAUUCAAAUAGCGCUGCUGCUGAGCAGCAAAAGCGUCAGGGAGAGCGAUUCGUACUACCAUCAAGAAAUCGAACACCAUGGGACGCAAAUGGCUAUUCACUACCAAUCAAUACAUCAAAUCAUACGAUUAAUAUCGGAGAGCCCGGUACAGGAGAUGAGCUGAGUACGGUAAACAACGGCAAUCCGAGAAUUCACUGUUAUGAUUCACACGGGACGGAUUCGGAAAGGUCACAUCAUAAAUUCUCUGAUAGUCGGAGCAGUUUAUCUUCUUUUACAUCAACAACCAACUCAACAGCCACCUCUUCUUCGAACCAUUCUCGAUUAUCAUCUUUCAGUACGAACAACAGUCAUCCUAUUAGUUUUUCACACAAGUACUGCAACUCUGCAGUGGAGAACUCUACAGAUUUAAACCCUUCUUACUCCAUUACCUCCCAAAACAAAAUCGAGUCACAUUCAGCACCAACUUCUCCACACAACACAAGGAAGAUUAGCAUCAUGGUUUCUAGUCCAACAGAGAAUCUAGAUGCUCUAGCUGCACUAGCAGAACAAGAAUCAUCUCGGUCAUCUCCUAAGAACCAAGAUGCUCGUUCUCAAAGUGUCGUUGCUGCUCCAGGAGUUUCGGACCAAGUUGAUUCUGUUAGAGAAUCCGAGAGUCGGCCUGGUUCCCCGAGUGAUGCUAUGCUGAUCAGACGCCCUGAUUUGCCACGUUUAAAUACAGAUACAAGCGAUAACGGUUUCGAGUCAGAUCACAGUAGCAAUUUUUAUCGCAGCGUUCCUACCGAGCCUAAAAAUGGUGCUAUGAAUCCUACAUUGCAUAAAAGAAAUAUUUCUGCGCCAAUUUUGCGCCGACCAAGUCGUGUUCCAUUAUCUGGCGUUGGUCCUAUUCCCGAACUCACUCCACCUAAUUCAACCCGUCUCGCAAACUUACCAUCACCAUUGGAUGAUGAUGAGGAUGCAGAAGGUGAUCCAGUCACACCACCACCAGCAGAUGGAACCGAUGCAGACACUCCUCCGGAGUGCAUGUAUAUCACAAACUGCGACACGGGAUCGCAACCUCGCAAAGCUAUCUCGCAUAUUUUCGGCCGCAAUAAGAUGUGCACUAGAUUGAUUCCACAAUCUGUUUGGGUUCAUUAUUGCCGCAAGCAUUACCAACGCUCCCGUUAUCGUAACCCUAAGGAGUAUGCCAAGUUACAAUGUGACUUGGUCCAGCAGCAAAUCCGUCGUGUUUACGACUGGUCUGCACAGAACCAACGUCGUGGUGAACCCGGUACUAUCAAGGAUUGGGGUAUUGCUAUCAGAAAGCGUGAGCAGAAGCGUUUGGAUGAACUCAAGGGCUCUGGUCGAAAGAGACGAUUCGAUGAUGAGGACGAGGGUGAUGAUGAUCAAGGUCCUCGUCCACCAACUGCUGUUCCGGAUUGGCUCCUCUCUGUCAUUGGAUCAGGCUAUACGACUGAAGAAAUUCUCGAAAUCUUCAACCGUCUUCAUCAAGAGGUCCUUGACGACCUCUUGCCAUGUUUCCCAGAUAUUGAAAUCUUGCCAAACAUCACUGUGGACCAAGAUGAGCCUAAAUCCCCAAAGGGAUAUGCCAAGCGCAAGGUUUCUUCCGCAGGUCACAAGCGUUCCCAAUCCCUUGGUGUAGGUGCGAUGAAGGCUCAAAAUUAUAGUACUCCUUUAGGACAAGAUCGUAGAAUGAGUCAACCAGUACAAUUUCAAAGCCCAAACACUGGAGGAGCCCCUACAUACAACACUACCUUGAAGCGUCGUCGUCCUAACUCAAACGAUGCUAACGCUCAAGGUUUGCAAUUCACACCCGUUCCAUCGAGUUUUGAACGUCGCCGCUCAUUCCAGCCCGCCUUCGCUAACACAGGCUUUGAUCGCAUCGACGAAAAUCAUCAAUCCCCUGCUGUUGACAAUGAUUUCGAAUUUCCAAGAGGUCGUACACAUGCUCGCGCUUCAUCUGUCUAUCAAUCACCAUUGGUUGCACCUGUUGCUCGUCCAUUGGGAAUUCAUCAAAACCAAGUCGAAACUCAAAUUCAGCAUAUGGAGACUGGCUACGGCAUCAAUGGCGGAAACAUGGGCAUGAAUAUGGGUAUGCAAGGCCGUGCUCGUCCUUCACACCAACGUUCCCAAUCUGAUAUGAUGGUUGGUCGAAAUGCAAUGCAACAAAACAUGAUUGUUCCAAACCUUGUGUCCUCCCAAAACUUUAACAGCAAUGUCGAGUUCUCUACUCCCCAAUACCAACAAUCAAGUUUCGCUCAGAUGAAUGAUCCCCGUCAACAAGCGCUCCGUCAAAGCUCUUACAACAUUCAACAACAGCAACAACAAAGUCGUCGUCAAUUUGGCCAACAGCAAUUUGUUCAACAGCAACAAUUCCGUCAGCAAUCUCCAGCUGGUAGCAGCGUUGCCAACAGCCCUAUCGUAGGCCCAGUUAGUCAAGGCAGUAACUUCUCUACUCAGCAACGCUCCCAAUCAACUGGCAGACGCGCUCAACAGAAUCCUCAAAUGAGAAGCAAUCAGAUGUAUGAGGAUAAUAUCACCAAGCGCCGCCAAUACGAAUAAGGCGAUUAAGUCUUAUAAUCUAUUUCACAUUGAUUUUUGAUUUUGAUUCCUUUCGGUUUUGGGGCGAUCUUUUUGGGAUGGGCGCAUACAAAUUGUUUUAUGAUACCCAUCUGCACACUUAAAUUUGCUACUUGCCUUAUCUGCUCCACCCUCUUUAAUUAUGGUUCUUUCUACAUCGAACUAUCGCAUUCACUCAAAAGCUUUCUCUUGUUUGCUUCUGCAUUAUUUCCUUUGCAAUGAAAAUCACAUUCUGAUACUUACUGUCUUUUCUUCACUACUCUCCUCGAAACCCCAUUCAGACGAUGACAAUCAGCCAACUUUUCUAAUUACACUGGUACCACAUUGGUUGUCACUCAAAGAUAUCUUACAAAUUUUGCAAUUUCAGAGGGGAUGGUUCAGAUUACGUCUGAUUUCUGAAGAACAUGAAAACUUGCUUUAUUUCAUCUGGACGUGUUUCGUCAACAGUCAACAUAAACAUCUCAAGUUCUUUGAUGAUAGAUAUCUGGUGUCUCCUUCCUAUUUUCCUCUGUUUUCUUUCUUGGCUCUGGGGUGCAAAUUUCAGAAAAAGCUUUUCCUUUCUUUCUGCAUGGUUUUAUGAGAGGGUUAGAUUGAGGGCAUACAUGAAAUGAAUGGAUGAUUGAUGGGGAUGGGCGUCAAAAAUGCAUGGUGGAGUAUGGAUUGCUUGAUGAUCAACAAAUCGGACAUAUCAGUUCAGUUCACUUUCAUUGAUUCUUAAUUUGUUUUGCAUGCAUGGUCUUUCAGCGGGUAGUAUUCGGUUCAUGAUUCUUUUUUUGAGUGGUGGGACUAGCGGCAUAACAGUACUUGUGACGAACAGAGGAAUGAUAGCAUUGCAUAGCAUAGGACAUACGAAUAAAACCCCCAUCAGGUAUAUGAUGUGUAAUUAAUAGAUAGGUAGAUAGUGGAAUUAAGAAUUCUUGAUUCA